AAUAAAUCGAUUCAAGGAAGGUUACAUUUUGCCAAAGUUAUUGCUUUAAGAAGACUUUAAAGUUUAAAAAUGAACAAUCUGCUAAAUUUGAAGGAUGAUGGGUCACAAGACGAGUUGGACGAGAUUAAAAAAGAAGAGGUCCAAGAUUUCGAUGAGCACAUGCUCGACGAUUCGAAGGUGAACAUCGAUAAGCUCAAAGAAGAACUAGAAGAGAGCCUGAACAGCCAGAAGGUACAGAGCAAGGAAGAACCCUGGCUUGGAGGCGGACCGCCGCCUAAGAAGAAGAAGAAAGAGUCCAAAUCUAAGAGGGAGAUCGAAGAAGAAGAAAGGGAAAAAAUGCAGGUACUUGUGUCCAAUUUCACUGAAGAACAACUUAAUCAUUAUGAAAUGUAUCGAAGAUCUGCAUUUCCAAAAGCUGCUAUAAAGAGGAUUUUGCAGUUAAUGCAGACAUUGACUGGAACCUCGAUAUCCCAUAAUGUUGUCAUAGCCAUGUCUGGUAUUGCCAAGGUUUUUGUCGGAGAAGUUGUGGAAGAAGCAUUGGAUGUGAUGGAAAAUUUGAAUGAAAGCGGGCCAUUGCAACCCAAGCAUUUACGAGAAGCGGUCAGGCGUCUUAGGUCAAAAGGUACAAUACCAAACAGCAAAAUGAAAGGCCCUUUUUUUAGAUUUUAAUUAAUUAAUUUUUUUCUUUUUGAACUUUAUUGUGAUCUCAGUAUUUUUCAUAAGAAUUUAUUUUCAAGAGAUGCCAGUGUUGAAAAAAUUUGGACUUGAAAAUUUUUGUUUCCUGAUAAACUGUUGUGAAUAGAUAAUGAUAAUAUUGUAAAUUUUGAAAAAUUGUUAUUACUAUUUUUUUUAAUUUUGUAAAAACAAAUGAUUUCUAAUACAC